AAAUUUCGCAUAGAAAUUUCUGGACUCUCUUCGUAAGGCAAAAUAAAUGACGCCAUUUCGUAUCAUGUAUUUUACGAAUGUGUGGUUCAGUAACGUGUGUCCAGCGGAUUACAAAAUAAGAUGGCCAGAUUUUGAUUUAGACUUUGCGUAAGGUUCGAUUUGAAUUAUUUAUUCCACGUGCAUUCGUAAACCAAUGUUGUGUAAAAUAAUUAAACUUCGAGAGAAUUUGGCUCGGUAUCGUUUAAUGUUUAUCGUUAGAAAAUGUAUAAGUGAGGAACAUUGGUAUGCAACGAACAUAGUCGAUCACAUACGUCUCAUCAAACGAUUUCGUGUUUUUUUUCAAUCUAUACGUGACAGAGGGAAAUCGACAUUUUGAUUGAUAUAUAUAUAUAUAUAUAUAUCUAAAAAAAAAAAAAAAUAAAUAAAUAAAUAAAUAAAUAAAGAAAGAAAGAAAUAAAUAAAUAAAAAUUAAAUAAUUUAACGUUUAUAAUCAUGGUUGAAAGUUCCAAUCAUUGUGUCCUGAAAUGGGCAGAUCAUGCAGGAUAUGUUGCGGAAAGAUUCAAUGGCUUAUUGGCACGUCAGGCGUUAGUAGAUGUUACCCUUAUCUGCGAGGAGCAAAAGCUUCGUGUUCAUAAACUGGUCUUAGCAUCCAAUAGUACGUACUUUGAGGAAAUACUGCAACAAGACUUGGGACAAGACCCUAUAAUCUUACUUAGAGAUUUAAAUUUUGAAGUAUUGAAGGCAAUGGUGGAAUUCAUGUAUUGCGGAGAAACAACUAUAUCUCAUGAAAAUUUACCAUCUUUAUUAACUGCUUCAAGAAUUUUCAAGAUAAAAGAAUUGGCAUAUAUAAUAGACACAGUAAUGGAAACACAAAAUUAUAACAAUGCUAUUGAAAGUGUAGGUCAAUUAUAUAAAACCGAUAAUGAAUUGAAUCAUAAAAAUAAUAAUUAUAAAAUAAAUGGGAGAAAUGAUUUAAUCGAUACAAAACAUAAUAUUGACAAUACCUUUAAGCAUAUAUUAUAUGAGGAUUCGUAUGAUACAGAAAGUAAUAACUUACAACAAACAUUUAAAGAUUAUUUAUUAAUGGAAGAUAUUAAAGAAAAAAUUCAUGAUGAAUCGUUUAAACCAUUGUUAUGUGAAAAAACAAAGGAAAACUUAGAGGGUCGUAUAAAAAUGAAUAAUAUAAAAAAGAAUGAUGAAAUUUUAGAGAAAGUUAAAGAAGUACAACCUUUAUUAUACGAACAGUGCUGUGAUGUUAUAGAUUUAAAUAUACCCGAGAAAUAUUCUACAAUUUCGUCCAAAACUCAUGCGAAUGAUGAAAUGAAAUUAGAUGUAGCACAAAAUUUUAUCGAUAGCACAAACGAUAAAGUUGGAAAAUGUAUCAAAGUUUAUACCCAUAAAAAACGUAAGCCAGUGAUCAAUAUAAAAAACGAAUUGACACAAUUGAACGAUUUAGUAUCAAAAUUAUCUCCUACCAAUUCAAUUGAUUUAUCGGAUACACCAUCUAAUAACAAUAUACCGGUAACACUUUUAACACCCUUAGAUAUGGAAUGUGCCGAAUAUCUUUUUAGUUUAGAUAAUGAAAAUAUGCAAUUGGUGGCGGAAGGUUUGAUAAAUGAGCAACGAUCAUUAAUGAAAUGUAAGGAUAUUAAUGGACGGGUCUUAAAUGUAAAUAAGAAUAAUCUAGAUAAAAAAGAUGAUUUUGAUUUUAAAGCCAUAAAUGAUAAAGUACAACGAGAUAUGGAAAAGCCAGUUCUUAGAAGAAGUGUAAGAUUAAAUCAACAGGAUUGCGAAGAUAUAACUAAUAAUGGUAUAUCUAUACAACAACAAACCGUAAUAGACGAUAAACUUCUUGAGAAAACUAAUUUUCCUAACAAAAUGGAAUCCUUUGGAAAAGGAAAACGUAGGAUCAAAGAAAAUAAUCGUAAAGUAACCGAUCAAAAUGUUAUUAAUAUUGGACGUUGCAAUAAAAAAUGUUUCAAUAAUAAUUUGCGUGCACAAAGAAAUCAUUCUAAAACAGUAGUGAAAAAGAAUAUCAAUAAUAAUAAAUCUGAUCAAAAGUCCAAAGGUAAUAAUCGAUUGAAAUGUGAAAUGACAACGGAUGACAUAAAUAGAUUGAAAAUAUCAAUGGGAACGUCACCUAUUAAACGAAACGCCGUAGGAUAUAUUAGUCGUGCUUUAUGGGGUGAUAUGUCCGAUAUUAUCGAACGUAACAACGAUAUUAUGGAUUUAUCGGAUUAUAGUCCAGAUGGUGAAAUCCCAUUUGCAGUUGGGUUGUUACCUUUACGUACUGCAUUGGAAAAGAUGCAAGCAAUGACGGAUUAUCAACCACGUAAAACACGUUCGUCCGUUGCACCGAACAAACAAGAAAUAAAUCAUUUCAAACGAAAAACUUCUACCUUGGAUUCUAAUGUCUUAGCUAAAAAGCAAAAUGUAGGAAGUAUUGUUCAAGAUAAUAAUAAAACCAAUACAGUUUGCCAUAUUCAAAUAAGAGCAGCACCUUCUUCACAUUAUAUUAAAAAUCGUAAGAAAUUUCUUAACGAACAUGUUACUACUUUGGGAUCACCGACUAUUGUUAAUAGACAAUGACAAACAUUAAUCUCGAUUUUUAGUCAAAUCUAAAACAACGAAAUGAAAAAAGAAAAGAAAAGUAAAAGAAAAACUCGGAAACGUAACACUUUUUUUUUUUUUUUUUUUUUUUUUUACGAUAUAUAAACACAAUCAUUACGAGACGGUGUACAAAAUCGAAGAUUUUUAUAUAUAUAUAUAUAUAUAAAUAUAUAUAUAUAUAAAUAUGUUAUUUGUGUUUCUUCUUAUGGUUUUUGUUUUUUUUUCUUUCUUUUCUUUCUUUCUUUUUUUUUUUUUUUCUUUUUAUUUUCAUUUUUAUUACUUUUUUUUCUCUUUCUUCCUUUUUUUUGUUUUCUGCCCCCACCCCCCACCUUGAUUUUACUGAUACAUUCACCAAGUACUUAUUGCAAAUAUAUAAAAAUAUACAUUGAACCAAUUUUCAAUUGUAAAUAAUGAAUAUAUGCAAAUUUUCUACUAUCUUCAUCGUCGAGCAUGAACUUGUUGAUCACCAAGUGUUUCAUUAAAUAUAAUAUAAUUAAUAUUGUAUAAUUUAAUGAUAUAUGUAUAAGCAUAAUCAUGUAUUUGUAAAUAAUUUUCUUUUGUAUAUAUACUUCAUUACAUUGUUGUUCAUAUUUUCUAAAAGAUUCUAAUUUACAAAGCAUUGUAGAUAAUCUUCAUUAGAAACUAAUGAAUUAGAAAGAUGCUGUCUAAUGUAUUAAUAUAGAAUAAUUAUUAGUUAAUGGGAAAUUAUAGAAUAAUUCUUUAUACUCCAUUUUAUCUUUGUAAUUUCAUCGUCUAGGAAAAAAAAAAAAAAAAAAGAAAAAACCCAGAACAACGAUUAAAACAAAACAAAAAAAAAAAAAAUCUAGAAAAGAAAUAAAAGAGAAGAUCCAAUUCCUGUCACGACAAAUGUAAAAUUGAAUCUUCUUUUUUAAUCGAUACUUCGAUGUUACAUGAAAUUAUUUUUUUUCUCUCUCUCUCUCUCUCUCUCUCUCACUUUUUCUUUUUUCUUUUUAAGAAUUAAACAAUUUCACUUAUAGAGUGAAAUUUAUUUUAGUUCUACCUAAGAUGAGAAUUUCAGUAUUUUAGAAAAUUUAAAUCCACGUUAAAAUAAAGUUAAUGGUUUGUUUUCUUUA